AUGGUCCGCAUGGAACAAGAGGCCAUCAGCUUCUUGUUGGCUACGCUGGGCUGGCUGUGCGCCAUUGUGAGCUGUAGCCUCCCCUUUUGGAAGGUGACAUUUCCCGAUGGUGAGACGAACCCAGAUGACAGCAUUUGUGAGGGCCUGUGGCACAUGUGCCAGAUGGAGAAAAGCAACCGGAUACAGUGCACCUUGUAUGGCAUCCGGCCCGCAGUAACUCAGGACCUCAGUAUGGCUCGAGUCUCCACGGUCAUCUGCAUCAUUGGAACCUGGCUAGGUUUGCUGCUGUGCAUGAUUGGGGAUUCACGCAUCAGGUGUGUGCAGAGCAGGGACACUGAACUCAAGAUCAUGAGGGCAGCCAGUGUGAUAUUCCUCGGUGUUGGCUUUCUGGUGAUGAUAUCCCUGUCCUGGGUGUCAUACAAUGUCAGCCGUGGCUUCUCCAACCCCCUGCUGGGUUCCACAAAGAAAACAGAGAUGGGUUCCUCACUCCGCUUGGCCUGGGCCAGCUCACUGCUGCUGUUGCUGGGAGGGACUCUGCUGUGUUUUGACUGCCCAUCACGCGAGGACCUCUCCAGACUCACCGUGGACUGUGCUAGCAGCCUUCAGGAGCCAAGGGCAAUGCAUCGGGUGUUUGAUUCUAAGAGUGAGCAGGAGGCCCAGUGA